AUGGCUCUGGACAGCAGACAUAGGGAACUGCUGUUGAACACGCUGAAGGAGCUGGGGGAGAAAGACUUCGAGGAAUUCAGGUUCCACACGGACCUGCCUCUAUGCAUACGUGAAAACGCCUGCCGGGUGUACAUUGCUGAAGAACUGAUAAAGAAGCACGCCGAGAACACUCUGGAUGAGACCGUCAAGAUUCUGGAGAAGAUCGGGAACAACAAUUUGGCCGAGAAGCUACGCAGUGACAUGCUGAAAAUAAAAGGUGCCGUCGUCUCCGUCCAUGAUGAUAAUCAGAUUAACCGAUUGAAGGGGAACCUGCAAGAACACUUGAAGGGUUUAUACAGCUUUGCAUCUGAGGGCACCACUGAGCGCUGGAAGCAGCAGUCUCUGGAGGAUGUCUACACGGAGCUGGACGUCACCUACGGGGCCGACGUCAUCCCCGACGAGCGGCACGAGGUCCUUCAGAUGGAGACCAGUGCCACUGCGGCAAAGGAGUCUAUCCUGCCAUGCGACAUCUUCAAAAGACCUGACGGGAACCGGCGACCGAUACGCACGAUGCUCACCGUCGGGUUUGCAGGAAUAGGAAAAACCUUCCUGAUUCAAAAGUUUGUGUCGGACUGGGCAAGUGGUUGUACCAACCAGGACGUGGACUUCAUAUUUCCUUUCACUUUCCGCGAGUUAAACAUGGAGAAAGGGGAGAGCUUUACGUUGGUCGAGCUGAUCCAAACUUUUGUCUGCGGAGACAGGCACAUGAGCGAGAGACUGAACAAUAUAUUUGUCAACCUGCAAACUUCUGGGAAGCGGGACUUUGAAAGCAGCGGGAUCAAGAUCUUGUUUAUCCUUGACGGACUGGACGAGUGCAACUUCAAAAUCGACUUGAAGAAAGUGAGGAAAGUGGACAUGGACGUGAGGGAAAGCUACCCGCUGGAGGUACUGUUGGCGUAUCUCAUCAAAGGGAACCUGCUUCCGUGCGCCAGGGUUUGGAUCACCACGCGGCCCGCGGCAGCCUGCGAUAUCCCCUCUGACCUCAUAGACAGCAGAACAGAGGUGAGAGGAUUCAGCGAUUCCCGGAAGCUGGAGUACUUCAGGAAAAAGUUCCCAAAUAAGGAGCACGUCGUUGAGCACAUUCAGAAAUCUCGAAAUAUCUUCAUCAUGUGCCACAUUCCAAUCUUCUGCUGGCUCACCGCCACAGUUCUUCAGCAUCAUUUAGACAAAGGGAAGAAGGGAGAGCUUCCCACAACGCUGACUGACAUGUACUCAGCGUUAAUAGGUCACCUACUGGAAAACUCCAAGGAGAGAAAUACAAAUAAGUACAUCCUUGACGUGAAAGCACUCGCAAAGCUGGCCUUUGACCACACCAUGAAUAACUGUCAGAUCUUCUACGAGAAAGACCUGGUGGACAGCGGUUUUGAUUACAGUCAAGCUGCAAAACACUCCGGAAUAUUCACUGAGGUCUUUAAGGAGGUCCCUCCGCUCAGGAGAAAGAAACAGAAGAUGUUUCAGUUCGUUCAUCUGACCAUCCAGGAGUAUAUGGCCGCAUUACACGUGAUGAUUUGCCUUUUUCAUGACAACAACAACAUUCUGGCUGGUUCAGAGCAGGAUUCAGUAUGGAAUAAAAUAUUCAUGACUUAUAAGCAGAGGACAAUCACUAAGGUCCACCAGUCAGCUCUCCAGAAAGCCUCGGAGAGUGAAGGAAACCUGGACCUAUUCCUCCGCUUCCUCUUUGGCCUCUCCUUGCCGUGCAACCAGGAACUCGUGGGGGAACUCCUGAAGGCUCCUCAGGACUGCGGGCAAAGCAAGUCAGAGACAGUCGAGUUGAUCAAGAAAAGGAUCAAACGAAACACUCCAGAGAAGAAUGUCAACUUGUUCUACUGCCUAAACGAGUUGAAGGACGACUCCUUGCUAAAGCAGAUCCAGCAGGAACUAGAUUCAGGAUGUCUGUCCUGGCUUAAAAUGUCAAAUGACAUGUGGUCGGCCCUGGCCUUUUUCUUACUGACAGACGAUGAAACCAUGAAGUCCUUCAAUCUUGCCAGCUUCUCCCAAUCGCCUUUGGGGCUCGAAAAGCUACUGUUGGUGGUCAAGGCUUCUAAAAAAUCAAGUCUAAGUAGAUGUCGCCUGGACAAAGGCAGCUGUCACCUGCUGGCUUCCGUUCUCAGUUCUCCAUCCAACCUGAGACAUCUGAAUCUGGGCUUGAACCAUCUGUCGGACGAGGGGGUGGAGAUUCUCUCAAAAGGACUGGCCAGCCCACACUGUAACUUAGAAGUCCUCUCUCUGGAAAAGUGCAAGAUCACCAGUAAGGGAUGUGUUUCAUUGGCUGAGGCACUGAAGGUAACCCCCUCCCAUCUUCAGGAGCUGGAGCUGAGGUGGAACGAUCUGUCGGAUGAAGGGGUCGAGAUCCUCUCGAAAGGACUGGCCAGCCCACACUGCAUCUUAAAAAUCCUAAAUCUUUUCAACAGCGGGAUCACCCACAAAGGAUGUUUUUCAUUGGCUGAGGCACUGAAGGUAACCCCCGCCCAUCUUGAAGAGCUGGACCUGAGCUACAACGAUCUGUUGGACAAGGGGGUCGAGAUCCUUUCGAAAGGACUGGCCAGCCCACACUGCAUCUUAAAAAUCCUCAAGCUGUACAAGUGCGGGAUCACCAGUAAAGGAUGUGUUUCAUUGGCCGAGGCACUGAAGGUAACCUCCUCCCAUCUUCAAGAACUGGACCUGAAAUACAACGAUCUGUCGGACAAGGGUGUCGAGAUCCUCUCGAAAGGACUGGCCAGCCCAAAUUGCAUCUUAAAAGUUCUCAACCUGUCCAAAUGUGGGAUCACCCAUAAAGGAUGUGUUUCAUUGGCCGAGGCACUCAAGGUAACCCCCUCCCAUCUUCAAGAGCUGGACCUGACCCGGAACAAUCUGUCGGAUGAAGGGGUUGAGAUCCUCUCGAAAGGACUGGCCAGCCCACACUCCAUCUUAAAAAUCCUCAAUCUGGAGCAGUGCGAGAUCACCAGUAAAGGAUGUGUUUCAUUGGCUGAGGCACUGACGGUAACCCCCUCCCAUCUUCAAGAGCUGGACCUGACCAGGAACGAUCUGUCAGACGAAGGGGUUGAGAUCCUCUCGAAAGGACUGGCCAGCCCACAUUGCAUCUUAAAAAUCCUCAAGCUGUCCUACUGUGGGAUCACCAAGUUGAAUCUCAGCAACAACCAAAUAGAGGAAAAACAAAAUAGGGUUUUAUUGGAGAUCAAGGAGGAUCCCAGCUAUAGCCUGAAGACUGUCAAUCUGUCCAAAUGCGAGAUCACCAUUAAAGGAUGUGUGUCUUUGGCCGAGGCUUUCAAGUUAAACCCCUCCCAUCUUCAAAAGUUAUUUCUCAUCAACAAUCGAAUAGAGGAAAAAGAAAAGAGGGUCUUAUUGAGGAUCGAAGAGGAUCCCAGCUAUAGCCUGAAGACUGUCAAAAACUUCCUUCCUGAUGCCUUCAAGAGGGUGCGCUGGCAGCUAAAGAGUUUUGGCUUAGUGGGGGAGCACUGCAAGGAGCCGCGUCAUAUGACGCAUCUAGCACGGCAGGCAAGUGAAAUGAUGCCUCUGGACAACAAGCGUAAGGAGCUGCAGUUGAAAACACUGAUGGAGCUGGGGGAGGACAGCUUGCAGUCCUUCAACAGAUUGAAGUUAUGGUGGAAGGAUGCCUCUGGACACAGAGCGUAA